GACGGUUUGACGGCGCGCACGAAAAUGACCUCCAUUCCCUGACCAGUUCAUUGCCAUUCUCAUCUCUCAUCACAGUCGAACAGUCAAACCAUCAUCAGCUUCCCCAUCCGAGCUCACGAAAAGCUGAGCUGUUGCUUCCGAACAGCAACACCAUCCAAGGAAACGGCAACACAACAUUGUAUUGUCUUUCAUCACCAUGAUGAUGACUCCUCGAGCUGCCUCUGCUGAAAUGUCGUCUGUUGCCAAGCCGGAAAUGGCAUUCACUCCGCAAAGAAAAGCUCUACAGCUGCAUUCCUUACCCAACAGCAAGGCAGGCACUCCCAGUGGUAUCAGUCACAAGGCCACCGAUGAGACUCUGUCGACGACCAAUUGCGAUGAUAGUUUGACGGCAUCCGUCAACAUGUCGGCCACACGGUUGUACGCUCCACCCGUGUUUGCAGUCAAUGUGGACAAGAGGAAUGUCCGGCAGCGACUGCGAGACCAGGAAGCCAAGAUUGCCGCUUUGUUGCAAACGUCCAAGUCCAGUACAUCACCCACAGCAUCAGUUUCAGCAGGAACCGAAACGUCGUCUCCCCACGCAGGUGCCUCGGACGAAAUUCUCUUAAAGCUGGUCCAAGCGCUGGAACAAGAUCUCAAAAAGGUAGAAGGCGAAAAGAAUGAAUUGAAAGAACAACUUGCUCAAGUGGAAAAGCAAAAAGCCACCAUUGACGAAGAUGAGGACAUUGAUUCCAUGAAAGACGUGGAAGUUGUAGCGUCCUUGAAAGAAGUAGAAGUCGUUGCUGCGCAAGACGAUGACACGACAACUACUGCUGCUCUCAAAGACGAAAUGGCACGGCUCAAACUGGAAUUGCGUCGCAAGACACACGAAUCCUUGCUGUUGCAGGAUCGAUGGGAGAACACCUUGCAGCGCAUGGUACAAUACCAGAUUGAUUUGGAAACGCACGAUGUGCAUUACACUGAUUAUGCCUCGCGACAAUUCCAGUUGGGGAAUGAAGCCCUCCAAGAAAUCAAGGAGAUGACCAAGAAAGAUCAACCUCCGGAGACGAGACAACUGGGAAAACAGGCCAAACACAUGAUGUCGACAUUGCUCAAAGAUCUGGAAG